AUGACAAAAUCCUCAGCACUCGAUUGUGAACUAAAAGCAGCUGCUCUACAGACAAUUUAUGCCAGGUAUCCAAAAAGUAAUUGGAUUCACAUCUAUACAGACGGAUCGAAAAUGCUUGACAACGUUGGUGUUGGUGUGUAUUCAGAACUCUUUGCGUUCUAUGCCACCCUCGGUCCAUUGCGGACCAAUUUUGAUGGAGAACUGGAGGCAAUUAGAAUUGCAACAGAACAAAUCAGGGUUAGAUCAGUUCAGAUUGACAGCAUAGUUAUUUUUUCAGACUCUCUAUCAGCCAUCCAGGCUAUUGCAGCAUAUAAUGUUGCAGAGUCAAAUAUUAUUGACUCCUGCAGAAGAAGUAUUAUUCUCUUAGCUUCUGAGGGAGGGACUGCUGUUCUGCAGUGGAUUCCAUCUCAUGUAGGAAUAAAUGGUAGCGAAUGGGCUGAUACAUUAGCAAAGAAGGGAACAGAGAUUUCGCAGGCAGGCAAUUCCAAAGUACCAUUUUCAUCAAUUAAAGGAAUUAUAAAAAAUAUUGUGAAGAAAAGCUAUGAUGCUAAUUUAGUUGAAGAAAUCAAGAAUAAGAAAUGGAGGUAUUCAAUUAAUAAAAUUUCAAACUCCCCUAGAUCCACUGCAGUGGCGGCGCUCCGUCUGGAGACUGGACAUGACUGCCUUGCUAAACAUCUAUACAGAAUUGGUAUAUUUGGCAGUCCUAUGUGCAUUUUGCGCAACCAGAACUUUGAGAUGGACAAAGAUCAUUUGCUCAGUUGUUCUUCAUUAAAUGAAGAAGUUUUAUUCAGUCGAUAUUGGCGCGCUAGGGAGUUGAUGCAAUUGGUAUCCAGCGACUGA